GCGAUAAGGGGAAUCUCGAGCUUUCCACGGUGGAUAAUAAUUCACAACUAUCAUGCGCGAUACGGUGCCUUAGUCGCAACGCCUCGGCGUAAUUCGGCCGGAGUCUAAAGGCACGUGGAAAGCAUUAUCGGAGACAACGAGAACGCGUCGGAUGCGAGGCGGGCAGAAAUGAAUGGCAAUCUGAAGAAGUGUAAAGUCACCCGGGGAUCUCAGUGCGACCGAGAACCCGGAGCCGCACACGCGCAUCGUGUGAUGCCCGUGUCGCAGCCAGUACGUGCCAAGAGUUUGUUACGCGCAAACUUGGAAAACUCACGCGUGCGAGUCUUGCAGAGCAGAAUGCCCAACAUCAAGGUCUUCAGCGGCACCUCGCAUCCGGAUCUCGCCCAGCGGAUCGUCGACCGCCUCGGCAUCGACAUCGGCAAGGUUGUCACCAAGAAAUUCAGCAACCUCGAGACAUGUGUGGAGAUAGGAGAGUCUGUCCGUGGGGAGGAUGUGUACAUCGUGCAAAGUGGAAGUGGCGAGGUGAAUGAUAAUCUUAUGGAGCUUUUGAUCAUGAUCAAUGCUUGCAAGAUUGCUUCUGCUUCUCGAGUAACGGCAGUUAUUCCUUGUUUUCCUUAUGCAAGACAGGACAAGAAAGACAAGGGCGGUGAUGGUGGAGACUCUAAAAAUCAGAUUGUCAUGAAGUCGAACGAGUGGAAAUUCAGGAGUCGCGCACCAAUUUCCGCAAAGCUAGUUGCGAAUAUGCUUUCCGUGGCGGGUGCUGAUCACAUUAUCACAAUGGAUCUGCAUGCUAGUCAAAUACAAGGAUUUUUCGACAUCCCAGUAGACAACUUAUUCGCCGAACCAGCUGUACUCAAAUGGAUUAAGGAGAAUAUUGUUGAAUGGCGAAACAGUAUCAUUGUCUCCCCUGACGCUGGCGGUGCCAAAAGAGUCACAUCUAUCGCAGAUCGAUUAAAUGUCGAGUUUGCGCUCAUACAUAAAGAAAGAAAAAAGGCGAAUGAAGUUGCGAGCAUGGUAUUGGUGGGAGAUGUCAAAGACAGAGUUGCUAUUCUUGUAGACGAUAUGGCUGACACUUGCGGUACCAUCUGUCACGCAGCAGAAAAGCUGUUGGAAGCUGGUGCCACGAAGGUUUAUGCAAUACUUACACAUGGUAUCUUCAGUGGGCCAGCCAUUAGUAGAAUUAAUAAUGCUUGCUUUGAGGCUGUGGUAGUCACCAAUACUAUUCCUCAAGAUGGCCACAUGAAAGAUUGCCCAAGGAUUCAGUGUAUUGAUGUUUCGAUGAUGUUUGCUGAAGCAGUAAGGCGGACACACAAUGGUGAAUCUGUAUCGUACUUGUUUUCAAAUGUACCGUAUUAGAUGGAAAUCUUCCGUAAUCUACUUUAAACAAUGUAAGAAGAACAUACUCUCUUUUUACAUUUGUUUAUUGUUAUUGUUGGUUAAAAACUACUCCGACUACCUGCUAGCUUAUUGUUAGAUUCAUAUUCUGUGUCCUGAUUCCAAAUUGAAAUUACAUUUGUUCUAUUUUUUCAUGAAUUUCUGAUAGCAAGUACAACGAUCAAUCGAUACGGAAAUUUAAAUAAUGAAUUUUAGAGAUUUAGGUAUAUAAGAUGUUUUUUUAAAGUUAAUUCUAUGAAUUUCUUUUAACAGGAAUUAGAAUUUUCGUUGUGAUUAAAGAGAGUUGUCAUUUCAACUCUAUAUGACAUAGCACCUUUUUCAUCAGUUUCAAUUUAUAACAAAAUGAAGGAUCUCUCUGUUGCGAUAACGAGAUCAUAGUAAUUUAAUGGAUUGAAAUAUUUGUAAACUAUUAUUAAAAUGCGUCCUUAAUGCACGUAAUGAUCACGUAGCAUAAUUUGCAAAUAUCAGAAGUUUGAAUCAAUUUUAGAUCUGCGAUACUUAUACAUAAAAAAUUUUUCAUACGUGAAAAGACAUUUAAAUUUUGUAGGUUAGUUAAGAUGUGCCCAACACAUUGCAAUUAUAACGUAUACACGAUAGAAAAAUGGCACUGAUUGUAUGUUUUAAUACAAACAUAAUAAUACUGUUGAUCAUAUUAAGGCCUGGUUCCACAACUCACGGUUAAAUUAACUGGCCGAUUUUCCAUUGGAAUUGACCAAUCGUAUUUGUUAAUUUUGCUUAACGACAAAUACGAUUGGUCAAUUCCAAUGGAAUAAUCGGCCAGUUAAUUUAACCGUGAGUUGUGGAACCGGGCCUAAGAGGAUGCUAAACUGUCCGUCAAACUUGAUCGAAGUCGAUAAUGUAGUCAUUCGUUUAUCGUUGUUCAUAAAAAUAUUCGCUUCAAAAUACAAAUUAUGUAGCUUAUAUGUACAAAUAUUCCUCAGUUCAGAAUAGAUUAAGGAAUAAGACUAUAUUUGUCAAAUUACGAUUAAAAGCCGUAAAAUAGAGUUAUUUGUGUGAUCAAAUUUUAUUUAUCUAAACGCUUUCACUGCAGAUUUUUUAAAUUUGAUCAUACAAAAAACUUUUUUACGGCUUUUAAUCAUAAUUUGACGAAUAUAGUCUUAUUCUUCAAUGUAUUCUGAAGUGAGGGAUGCCAUUUAUUUGUACGUAUAAGCUACAUAAUUUGUAUUUUGAAGCAAAUAUUUUUAUAAACAAGGAUAAACGAACGACUCUACAUUAUCGACCUCCAAACCAACUAAACUAAAACCAAAAUAAUUUAUAACACUCAAUAAAAUGCAACUUUAUUUUAUUUAUAUUUCUUUAUAAUCAAUGCGGAUUUAGCUUGACUUGACUAUGAUAGCGAUCAUAAAUUUUUUGGCUUAAUAAGAAAGUGCCAUUUGUUACUCGAAUGGGUAUUACAAUAAAUGUAUAAAAAGUAAAA